GCUUUGGCUUUUCAUGGCAGCAGCAGCAGCAGUGCGACUGCGCACAGCAGUGGGCAGCAAUAUCUCGUGAGGGUCGGAUGGGCCCUGCCGGAUUGCCAUCGAGGGGUGCACAUGCCGUCGCAUCCCCUCCGCCUCUCGCCCAUGCGUUGUCGGGGGCUGUGGGUGCCGUUGUUGCCAUGGCCUUGCUGUACCCGUUGGACCAAGUGAGGGCUAUUCUACAGGUUGACGAUGACUUGGCCAAGGAGUGCUCUGCUCCGGGAGGAGCGGGCGUGCUAGGCGCGUUGUCGCGCCUGGUGCGGAGGCACGGGAGGGCGGGGCUUUGGCGAGGGAUGGUGCCGGUCCUCAUCACCAUGGGCGUUUCGAACUUCGUGUACUUCUACUGUUUCACAGGCAUGAAGGCGGCCUUGCUGUCGAGACGACGCCUUCUGAGGGCUCGAGGCGUACGGGCGGGUGGUGCCGCAAAACCUUUUGCCGGGGGGGCUAGAGGAGAGGGUGGGGGAGCGCUAACCCCGCUUGAGAGCGUGGUCGCGUCGACGAUUGCAGGAGUCAUUAACGUCUUGGCGACGACGCCGCUUUGGGUUUCCAACCUUCGAAUCAAGGCCGGGAAUGGUGUGGGAGGGCUCUUUUCCACCCUUGGGUCCAUUGGACGCCACGAGGGCCUAGCAGGACUCUGGUCUGGCACAGCCCCAUCCCUCGUUCUGGUUUCGAAUCCCAUCAUCCAAUUCGUCGUGUACGAGACGCUCAAGCAAGCUUUGGGCCGGCGUCACGGCCACCGGAACGGGGACGCACGGAGGAUAAUUGCACAACCACCUGAUCCCCGAUCUCUCGCUGGCGGUGGCAGCCGCGGGAGUGCGGGCAGGCCGUCAGUGGGUUUGCGGAGCCACGAGGCGUUUUUGUUGGGUGCCACGGCGAAGACAAUCUCGACACUGGUCACGUAUCCGUUACAGUUGGCCCAGGCGAAGCUGCGAGCUGGUCGGGCAGCUCGGGGGGGGGAGCGACACACGAUGAACCCACAUUUUGUCGCCUCUUUGGAUUCUGGCUUUAUCUCUUUUCCUGCGUGUGUUGUGACGUCAAAGGGCCAUUGGCAGGGGCAAUGUAAUGAGCAGGACGAUUCAUCACCUCCAGGUGGUGCAAGGGGGGGCUUACGCAGCGGGGUUGCUUGGCAGUUGCUGACUUGCUGGUCCUCUACUGUGGAUAUCCUGGUAUCGGUGUGUCGCCGAAACGGGGUUGGGGGAAUGUACCAGGGCAUGCGAGCGAAGCUCCUCCACACGGUGCUUACUAGUGCUCUGCUUUUCCUGGGGUACGAGCGGCUUCUCGAGGUGAUUGCAAACAGCAUGACAGCGGAGGCUGAGGCACCACCACCACAGCUCUUGCCGGUGCCAGGGUCUACGGUUGCUGCUGCUACUGCUGCCGGGCUCCACAGCAGCAUUCCAAAGCCAUGCCGCAGCGCGCCUGUCUCAUAGAAAUGUGCGUCAAACAUUCCGGGGAUAUUAACUUUUGGGUUUGUGUAUACCAGCGGUGUUUGAAAAUGGCGACAGGGAGCCAAGUUCAAAGAUUUUUCGUUUGUUGUACGGUCGUGGCCCUUGUUCCAGUGAGCAGUCAGCGUGCGGGGUAGCAUUAGGUAUGCCAACAAGGCACAGGCAGCGUAGAUUUCAUUGAGUUUCACGGCCUCCCGACGAAAAACUCCCGUGUGCACAGAAUAGAGUGAGUGCUUGUGUGUAAGAUAUAUGAGUAAUCUUCUUCGGGUCCCCGAUAAUUUGGGCCUACAGUUUCCGGCGUUUGUACAAGCCCUGCGAGCAUCCCGUCGCCCCCACAAAGGCAGUCCUGCCUACUGACGCGGCAAAGCAGCAUCUGUGGGGACGCCCGUCUUUAUCGCGAAGGUAGAGGCGAUUUAUAUGUGCAUCGCACACGACUUAGUUCCGUUGUGGUUCAGCGUUGUCCUGGCUAUUACAGUACCUUGAAGCACUCUGUUUCCGGGCCCGACUUCGUUUGCCACACCAUGUUGACCUCCUUGGGCACAUCUCGCUCGCUACUGCAGUGGUACGUCUCCACACAGGAGAGCCAGGACGAGUC